AUGGCAAAUUCAUCUGUAAGAUCACAGAUUUCACCUGCAGAAAAUCCACUAUCACCGUAUUACAUCCAUCACUCUGAUCUCCAUGGGUCAGUAGUAAUAAACCCUAAACUUACUGCUGCCAAUUACAUGUCAUGGAGUCGGGCUUUCUUGCUUGCACUCUCAAUUCGCAAGAAGAGGGGAUUUAUUGAUGGAACAAUCAAAGAACCAAAUGAGGCAGAUCCAUUAUUUGAAGACUGGUCCAGAUGCAACAGUUUGAUAGUUACCCGGUUGCUUGAGUCAUUGACACCUGAGAUUGCAUCGAAUGUUCUUUACAUGGACUCAGCCAAAGAAAUCUGGGAGACAUUGAAGAAUCGAUUUUCUCAACCAGACGAAACCAGAAUAUGUAAUCUUCAAUUUCAAUUGGGAAAUAUUUUGCAAGGAACAAGGUCAGUGAAUGCUUAUUUUACAGAAUUGAAUUCAAUUUGGCAAGAGUUAAAGAACUUCAGGCCUUUGCCUCAAUGUGAUUGUGGGGGUUGCAAAAAUAAUUGCUAUCAAAAGUAUGCAGAUUAA